GAGUUUACCUCUGCCUGGCGACGGUCGGGGCUCGCACGCAUCAUUCGGCGGCCAGGGCGAGGUGCGGUAUAUAACGCUCCCCGCGAUGGUACGUCGUGCACCUUUCUCCCCCGAGGUCCCCGUGGUCCCUUCGUUCUCACUCUCACUUUCGUUCACUCUCUUCCACAAUGGUUGCAGCCGGCCUGCUCGUUCUCUCUCUUUUCUCUCUCGUCCUCGGCAAGCCGCUCACGCUCUCGUCGGAGCGCCUCGUCGUGCGAUCCCAGGUGGACGUUCCUACCGGAUUCUCUUAUCAGCGCAAGGCCACGGCGGAGCAGACCCUGAACCUCCGCAUCGCGCUCACUCAGAACAACGCCACCGGACUCGAGUCGGCGUUGUACGAUGUCAGUGACCCCACGAGCGAGAACUACGGCCACCACUUGACCAAGGCUGAGGUCGAGGCUAUGGUUGCUCCCAGUGCGGAAACCGUCAGCAAGGUCGCGGCGUGGUUGGGCAAGAACAACAUCACUGCCCAGACUAUCUCCCCCGCGGGUGACUGGUUGAGCAUCAGCGUGCCCGUCGCCCAGGCGAACACUCUCCUGAACGCUCAGUUCGAGGAGUACACCUGGGACAAAACGAACAAGACGGUCAUCCGUACGCUUGCGUACUCGAUUCCGGAGACGCUCCAGGAGCACCUGCAGUUCAUCUACCCGGCGACGCAGUUCAUCCCCCCGGUUGAGCGUCACACUCCUGCGUUCGAGAUUGUCAACCUCCCUCGCAAGUCCAAGCGGACGCGCUCCAAGCGCGCUGCUGUUCCGGCCAUCUGUGACACGCAGAUCACCCCUGACUGCUUGCAGGCGCUGUACAACAUCCCCACCACGCCGGCGUCCGCCACGGGCAACAGCCUUGGCGUCAGCGGCUUCAUCGAGGAGAUCGCGAACAAGGACGAUUUGGCUACUUUCUUGGCAGCUACUCGCCCUGAUGCUCCCGAUGGCACCUUCACUGCGGUCUCCGUCGAUGGUGGCAUCACUUCUGGCGAUGGUACCGUUGAAGCUACCCUUGACAUCCAGUACACCGUUGGUCUCGCGACGAACGUGCCCACCACGUUCAUUUCCGUCGGUGAGAACAACAAGGAUGGCGAUCUCGGUGGCUUCCUCGACAUCAUCAACGCCCUGCUCGCUGAGGACGCGCCCCCUCUCGUCCUCACCACGAGCUUCGGCUUUAACGAGGCCUCGUUCGCCACCCAGCCCGACCUCGCCGUGAACCUCUGCACCGCGUACGGCCAGCUCGGCGCUCGCGGCACCACCAUCCUCUUCGCCUCCGGCGACGGCGGUGUGUCCGGCUCUCAGUCAAGCACCGCGUGCGACGGCGCCGCCUUCGUGCCCACCUUCCCCUCCGGCUGCCCCUUCCUCACCUCCGUGGGGAGCACGCAAGGCAUCUCGCCCGAGGUCGCCGCGGACUUCUCCUCCGGCGGCUUCUCGAACAUCUUCGCGCGCCCGGCGUACCAGGACGACGCGGUCGCGGCGUACCUGUCGCAGCUCGGGAACACGAACGCGGGCCUCUUCCAGACCAAGGGCCGUGCGUUCCCCGACGUGUCCACUCAGGGUGUGCAGUUCGUCAUCGCAGUCGGGGGUCAGGCGCAGGGUGUGUCUGGGACGAGCGCGUCGAGCCCGACGUUCGCGUCCGUCGUCGCGCUCCUUAACGACGAGCUCCUGAACGCUGGCAAGAGCCCGCUCGGGUUCCUCAACCCCCUAAUCUACUCCAGCGGCUCGGCGGCAGCGUUCAACGACAUCACCUCCGGCAGUAACCCCGGCUGCGGCACCGACGGCUUCCCCGCGCUCACUGGCUGGGACCCGGUCACUGGCUUCGGUACGCCAGACUUUGCCAAGCUCCUCACGCUUGUGACUGGCAGCGCAACGGCCGGCGCCGGCAACGCGACCACUGCUGCCGCCGCCUCCACCGCCGCUGCGACGUCAACCGCUGCUGCGACGGCCACCACCACCGCCGCGACCGGCCGCAAGCACCGCCACCAGAACAAGGUGCAGGCCAACGCCAGCCACUGAGCGCGGGCGAGGGUGCAUGUCAUGCCCUUCGUACCUUGCUUCAGAGGGUUUAUUUUACUCUUUCUCUUGGAUGGUCAGUUGUAGUGGGAGACGAAGUGAAUAUACAGUGAGAGCGAGGGCCACCACGCUUUCCUUGGGACCAAACUUGCGC